AUGCAAUCAUCACAACGGUUAUAUCCUGGAUUAAAUACGAUUACAUCUACUGCUACAAUGACACGUUAUUCACCUACCGGAACCGGCGCAACAACUGCAGCAGCUGCAUAUCGUACUCGAAUGCCUAGUAAUUUUCAAACAAAUUCAAUUUUUGGCACUUUCGAUGAUACAUUAUUUCAAGCAAGAGCAGCACAAGCUGCACUUGCUGAAAUUGACGUUAAAAAUGUCAAUGUGGCUGCUAGUGGAAUGCUUCGACCAUCGGAUAUGUUUACCUAUCAUCCUACCGCAACAUCACAUUUGCCAUCGUCUGGUGAAUUUGAUUCAUCUACAAUUUCACAAAGUUCAAUUAUCGAUUCAUCCAUGAAUCAUGCAGCUGAUUCAAUGGCUUCCUUACAGCAUGUAAUGGCGAUGCAACACUAUCCAACUGCACAAUUUUCCCAAUAUCCAAUACCAUCACCGUUUGCAACCGCAACUGCAGUUGUUGCAUCACAAAGUGCUGUUGCUGCUGCAAUGCCAAUAUAUCCUUUAUCUGCUCAAGCCACAGAAUUGGAUACAGAUCCACGUGAAUUGGAACGUUUUGCAGAACAUUUUAAACAAAGGCGUAUCAAAUUAGGCGUAACUCAAGCUGAUGUUGGUAAAGCUCUCGCACACCUAAAAAUGCCAGGCGUUGGCUCAUUAAGUCAAUCAACGAUAUGUCGAUUUGAAAGUCUUACAUUAUCGCAUAAUAAUAUGGUAGCGCUGAAACCUAUUUUACAUUCAUGGCUUGAAAAGGCAGAGGAAGUAACAAAAACAAAAGAUGUCGCAGGAGACGCACAAGGUAUCUUACCAAAUAUGGAUAAGAAAAGGAAGCGAACAUCCAUUGCAGCACUUGAAAAACGUUUACUAGAAGAUUAUUUUCGACAGCAGCCACGACCAAGUGGUGAACGAAUUUCAGCAAUAGCCAAUAAACUCGAUUUAAAGAAAAAUGUUGUUAGAGUAUGGUUUUGUAAUCAACGGCAAAAACAAAAAAGUACCAUACAUUAUCGUAAUCGUGCAGCUGCCGUAUCGUACACCAAUCCAUCAUCAAUUUUGUAG